CAUGAUCCCAUAUAUAACCAUCUUCCCCUGUUCUUGUCCAUGCUUCCUCUUCUUAGGCUCUCUUUCUUCCAACAACCAUGGUUUCUGCAGAAGCUGCUCGAACAGUUGUUGGUAUCUUAGGAAACAUAACUGCAUUGAUCUUGUUCUUGUCUCCAGUGCCAACUUUUGUUCAGAUUUGGAAGAAAAGAUCAGUUGAGCAGUUCUCAGCAGCACCAUAUUUAGCUACUCUUUUGAAUUGCAUGUUAUGGAUCGUAUAUGGACUACCACUGGUUCAUCCACAUAGCAUGCUAGUUAUAACCAUUAAUGGAACUGGGUUUGUUAUAGAACUCACAUAUGUGAUUCUCUUCCUUCUCUACUCUGAUGGGAAGAAGAGAUUGAGAGUGCUUGUAAUGUUGAUGGUUGAGUUUGGAUUUGUUGCAUUCAUUGCUGUUCAUGUCCUCACUCUGGCUCACUCUUUUGCUCGUCGUUCUCUUAUAGUUGGAAGUGUUUGUGUCUUCUUUGGGACUUUGAUGUAUGCAGCUCCCUUAGCCGUCAUGAAACUAGUGAUUACCACGAGAAGUGUAGAGUACAUGCCUUUCUCUCUAUCCCUCGCUGCCUUUGCCAACGGCAUUUGCUGGACUAUUUAUGCUCUCAUACGUUUUGACCUCUUUAUCACUAUUCCAAACAGUCUAGGAACGGUCUUUGGACUGGGGCAGCUGAUAUUAUACGCCACAUUCUAUAAAAAUACGCAAAGACUGAUGAAGGAAAGGAAAGGCAAAGGGGAUAUAGGACUGGGAGAUGUUAUCAUACAAGAUUCCAAGUCAAAUAAGAUGGUCAACCGUCCUCAGAAUGGUCAUGAUGGUAUUUCAGAGAUAAAUGAGCCAUGAUCCCAUUUCACGUAGACCACC